UCGGCUCGGCGCGGUGCGGCGCGGCUCGGCUCGGUUCGGCGGCGCUCGCAGGGCCGCAGCGUCCGCCCGCCUGCCGGGCUUGCGGCGCUGCCGCCUCCGCCAUGGUGAAGAAGCGGAAAGGCCGCGUCCUCAUCGACUCCGACACCGAGGACAGCGGCAGCGAGGAGAACCUCGACCAGGAGCUCCUGUCAUUGGCCAAACGGAAACGCAGCGACUCUGAGGAGAAGGAGCCACCUGUGAGCAAACCUACAGCAUCUUCAGAUUCUGAGACCUCAGACAGUGAUGAUGAGUGGACUGUUGGGGGUUCCAAAAACAAAAAGAAGGGAAAAGCUGGGAAAGCAGAGAAGAAGGCAGCUAUGAAGAAACAAGCUAACAGAGCUGCCUCUUCAGGCAGCUCAGAUAAAGACAGCUCUGCUGAGAGCUCAGCACCUGAAGAAGGUGAGGUGUCUGACUCUGAAAGCAACAGCUCUUCCUCCAGCUCCGAUUCAGAUUCAUCCUCUGAAGAUGAGGAAUUCCAUGAUGGCUAUGGAGAGGACCUUAUGGGAGAUGAGGAAGACAGAGCUCGGCUAGAGCAGAUGACAGAGAAGGAGAGGGAGCAGGAACUGUUUAAUCGGAUAGAGAAGAGGGAAGUGUUGAAGAGAAGAUUUGAAAUAAAGAAGAAACUUAAAACAGCAAAAAAGAAAGAGAAGAAAGAGAAAAAGAAAAAGCAAGAGGAAGAGCAGGAGAAAAAAAAGCUCACACAGAUCCAGGAAUCUCAGGUGAUGUCACACAAUAAAGAGCGACGAUCAAAGCGGGAUGAGAAACUGGACAAGAAAUCUCAGGCCAUGGAAGAACUGAAAGCAGAGAGAGAGAAAAGGAAGAACAGAACAGCCGAGUUGCUUGCAAAAAAACAGCCAUUAAAAACCAGUGAAGUGUACUCGGAUGAUGAAGAGGAAGAAGAGGAUGAUAAGUCUAGUGAGAAAAGUGAUCGUUCAUCCAGAUCAUCCUCAUCUGAUGAAGAGGAAGAGAAAGAAGAGAUUCCUCCAAAAUCCCAGCCCGUAUCCUUACCUGAAGAACUGAAUAGGGUACGGUUAUCCCGACACAAGCUGGAACGCUGGUGUCACAUGCCUUUCUUUGCCAAGACCGUUACUGGCUGCUUUGUGCGAAUUGGCAUUGGAAACCACAACAGCAAACCUGUCUAUCGGGUUGCUGAAAUAACUGGUGUUGUAGAAACUGCAAAAGUUUACCAGCUUGGAGGCACCCGAACAAACAAGGGAUUGCAGUUACGGCAUGGCAAUGACCAGCGUGUAUUUCGUCUAGAAUUUGUCUCAAAUCAGGAAUUUACUGAAAGUGAGUUCAUGAAGUGGAAGGAAGCGAUGUUCUCUGCUGGGAUGCAGCUGCCCACGCUAGAUGAGAUCAACAAGAAGGAAGUGUCCAUUAAGGAAGCUCUCAACUACAAAUUUAAUGAUCAGGACAUUGAAGAGAUUGUGAAAGAGAAAGAGAGGUUCCGAAAAGCCCCUCCCAACUAUGCCAUGAAGAAAACUCAGCUACUAAAGGAGAAGGCCAUGGCUGAGGACUUGGGGGACCAAGAUAAGGCAAAACAGAUUCAAGACCAACUUAACGAACUAGAAGAGAGAGCAGAAGCCCUGGACCGCCAGCGAACAAAAAAUAUUUCUGCAAUCAGUUACAUCAACCAGAGGAAUAGAGAGUGGAACAUUGUGGAGUCCGAGAAAGCUCUUGUGGCCGAAAGUCACAGUAUGAAAAACCAGCAAAUGGACCCCUUUACUAGGCGACAGUGCAAACCUACGAUAGUCUCGAAUUCCAGGGAUCCUGCUGUCCAAGCUGCCAUUCUUGCCCAACUAAAUGCAAAAUAUGGAUCCGGUGUAUUACCGGAUGCUCCAAAGGACAUAAGCAAGGGUCAGGGAAAGGACAAAGACAUGAACUCUAAAUCAGCCAGUGAUCUCUCAGAGGAUCUGUUCAAAGUGCAUGACUUUGAUGUGAAAAUUGAUCUCCAGGUUCCCAGUUCAGAGUCUAAGACACUGGCCAUCACUUCUAAGGCUCCACCAGCAAAAGAUGGUGCCCCUCGGCGAUCACUGAACCUGGAGGACUACAAAAAAAGGCGGGGGCUUAUUUGAGCGUACCCACUCCGCUGCUUCUGAUCCUGCAUGCUCCAUGAUGAUGUCCUACCUUUUUUCUUCCUCCCUUUUCAGUUUCCUCUUCUGGGUUGGAGCAGCAAUGGAGCUGGGAAGAGACUCUUUAAAACUGCCAGUCAUUUGUAACAUAAAUCAUUUGACUAUUUACUGUAUAGACCUCCCUUCUUGCCCUUUCCUCCUGUCCCCUCACAAAUGUGGAUCUGUGCUAUUUGGGGUUCUCCCACUUUUUAGGUUUUUUCCUUUUUUUGAGGUUUUUUUUUUCUUUGUUAUUUUUGUUUUAAUUUUGUUGAUGCAGCUCGUUGGUCCACUCAGUGUUCAGUAUUAGCCUGAAGUCUGGAUUUCCGUAGGAAUCUCUUUGGUGGUUGCAGCAUCAGCAUUUGAUGAUCUCCCCUUGCAUACCACCACAGACAUGGUGAAUAAACAUCGGCACAAGACCUUUGUGGCUGGAAAGGUCAUCUGCACUUUCUUCCUCCUCUUCUUCCUCCUUGCUCCUAGCUCUGGAGAAGGGAAUCUCCAAAAACUGGCUUAGGUUCAAAGUGUAAAUUUUUUUGGGAGGGUUAUGUGACUUUUUUUCAGGUGUUUUUUAUCAUUUUUAAGCUGCAGUACUAUUUGUAUCUGUCUGUCACGGUUCUUUACGGCUGUUUUGAAUUUCUACCAGCUGUACUUGAGCAUCUAAAAUUGCAAGAAAGAAACUCAUUAAAUGUGAUUCUUACUAAAAUGGCCUGGGUGGUAUAGCUGUUUAACCUGCACAUUCCCCUUUUUACUCUCACUUACCUGAUGAGACAAGUGCACAAUCUAUCUGUAGUACAUCUGGUCUCUUGCCACAGCUGAGCGGAGUAGCUCCCUUUGGGAUGCCCCUGGACACUCACUGAAUGGUCUUUCAUUUCUUCUACAAAUCCAAGAAAUCCUUCAAUCUACGUUUAUCAUGUCAAAUUUAUCUUCACCAGGCUUCAACUCAUUUGUGUGGUUUCUGGGUUAUUUUUUAUUGGGGGGAGGGAGAUGUGGGGAGGCUUUUUUAUUCCCUCCCCCUUUUUUCUUUCAACAAUUUUAAACUUGGGUUAAAAAAAUUCGUUUGCGUUAAGGGAAAGGGGAAGAGCACAGUAGAAACCUAACUGAAAAUGAGGGCAGUUGCUGAUGCACAUUUUAUAUAUAUAUAUAAAGUUGGUAAACGUGCAGUAAAACACUAGCACAAUGAUUGUAUGGCUUUAUGGAAUGCUUGCCCAGAAAUAAGAUGACAGCUUGAUAAUCUCUCAGGUGUAAAAAAAAAAAAAAAAAAAAAAUCAAAUUGUAAAUAUAAGUGGCAUUUCACAAAUUGCUUUUCAAAACAAAACUCAACUGAAUCUAUGGAACAAAGCUAAAUUAAGAAAAUAAAACGGCAUUAGCGGCCUAACAAUUCACAAAGGUUCCUAUUCAGAUAAGCAUGCAAACUUGUAACUUCUAUUCAAGGUGAUACUGAAAGAAGUGGUGUUCUUCUGUACUGGGGUCUGAAAGUUAGAAGAACCCGACAUUCUUGGAAUGCCAUAGCAUUAGUAUUUCCCAAAAAGCCACGCACCGUGGUUAUUUUUAGACCGCGUCUGACUCUGAUUUGCUAGAUCCUUUAAUGGAAUUUUAAUCUAGUUCAUAUAUUUAAUUUCCUUUUGUUAUUUUUUUAAUGGUAGUUUUAAAGAAAUGUGACUGUGUGAAAUCUGACGCAAUGAACUGUGUAUACAAAAUUAGCCUUUUUAGUAGAUGAGCAGUUCUUGUCUACUACGUAAACAAAUGAGGGGCUUAUUUACUAGAUAGUCCAUAGUGCUGGAACUCUUGUGUGGACUAUUCUGUAAAUAUACAAUCCUAGAUUUGUUUGCUUGCCCAUCAGUAGCAGCUUCUCUGGAGCUGUAGGCUCUCACUUCCAUAUGUACUUUCAAUUUUUUUUCUUUUAAGAAAGUGGAUUUAUGAAAUCUGCCAUUUGACUUCAUAGUAAACCUCAGUAUCCACUAUGUAGAUAUGCUUUUUGUUUGUUUGUUUGUUUUGGCUUUGCAGCAGCUUCAGUAGUGUUACAGUUGUGUAACAAAGCCCUCAAACAUAAUUUUCAGUAGCCAAUUUCCAAAAUAUCAGCCCUUCUGACACUUACCGGAAAUAACUUGUAAAAUCAUGCAUUGCAGAAUGUGAAUUGCCCACAAACGUUACCCAGAACUGAGGUUCAACAAGUGACCACUCUAGUAAACUUAAUCCAUAAAUGGAGUAUUUUUUUAAUAUGGUUGCACUUACGUUGUUUUAUUGUAGAGCAAAUUUUUAUGGCUGAGUUACAAACAAAGAAAUACUCUUUAUAAUCAAAAUGUUGAUGAGACCCUUUGAUGCUUUAAAUGGUUUGCUCCAUUUCCUUAUCCUUCCUUAGUAGAGUUUAUUACAUUGAAGAGGAACACACAGGAGUUUAAUGUGCAGAAUUGUGGAGUGGUUAUGACCUAAUCAUCGCAGUCAUCAACUACUAAUUGCGGUUCCUCCGAGAGUUACUAGAGAUUCUGCUGAAAUAUUGUUUCUAACUAAGUGAAUAGCCAAGGAAUCAUUAUAUUCAAACCACUUAUGAGAAAAAUGCAUCAAGAGGGAGUACUCAUUUGAGUAGUUACAGAACGAAUUGUGUAAGAAUCUUUCUUUUUACUUUUUAAGUGCAUGUAAAGGUGAGUGACUACACCUCCCACCAUUAGGGAGGGAUUGAUUUGUUUGCUUUGUUUCACUUGUGUCCUAGCAUAGUUCAUUACAAAUGUACAGACUUCUAUAAAUAAACUUGGUUUGUUGGUUUAAUAA